CCUUCUUGAGUUGCACUGGUAGCUUACUGAGGUGCGGUUUGGCGUCUGCAGCGCAGCACUCUACGCAGGCGUGGCUCGGCCGGGACGGAUCCCCGCGGCAGAGGCGCGGGCCGGUUGAAAAAAAGCCUUUUGCUGAAGGAACAUAUUUGCUGAUAUAGUUUCAGAAUGUCAAGUACUGUGUCCUACUGGAUCUUAAAUUCUGCAAGAAACAGCAUUGCCACAUUACAUGGGAGCAGGCGUUUAUAUUCAAGGUAUUCCUCAAGUAGGAAUAAAUCAAAAUGGACGCUCUUUUCCUGGGCACCAACCACCCUAAAAAACAAUGCCCAAUGUGGUAGUUUUGCUCUGCCAAAAGCCUACAGACACACAUCGACAGAGGAAGAUGAUUUCCACCUACAGCUCAGCCCCGAGCAGGUAAAUGAAGUGCUACGAGCUGGUGAGUCCGUCCACAAAAUUCUUAACCUCGUCAGCGGAGUCCCAAAUUCGGUGUUGAGAUUUGAGAGCAACCAGCUGGCUGCCAACUCCCCAGUGGAAGACCGGCGAGGUGUUGCCUCCUGCCUGCAGACCAAUGGACUGAUGUUUGGUGUCUUUGAUGGACAUGGUGGCCAUGCAUGUGCUCAAGCAGUAAGUGAGAGGCUCUUCUACUACGUGGCAGUGUCACUGAUGUCUCAGCAGACCUUGGAGCAGAUGGAGGGAGCAAUGGAAAGCAUGAAGCCCAUGCUGCCCAUCCUACAGUGGCUUAAGCACCCAGGGGAUAGUAUCUAUAAGGAUGUCACAUCAGUGCACCUUGAUCACCUCCGGGUCUACUGGCAGGAGUUGCUUGACCUGCACAUGGAAAUGGGAUUGAACAUUAAGGAAGCAUUAAUGCACUCCUUCCAGAGACUGGAUUCUGACAUCUCGCUGGAAAUCCAGGCCCCUCUGGAAGAUGAGAUGACAAGGAACCUUUCUCUCCAGGUUGCUUUCUCUGGAGCAACAGCUUGCAUGGCCCAUGUUGAUGGGGUUCACUUGCAUGUAGCAAAUGCUGGUGACUGCCGGGCCAUUCUUGGAGUCCAGGAUGAUAAUGGCAUGUGGUCUUGUCUGCCCCUUACCCAUGACCACAAUGCCUGGAACCAGGCUGAGCUGUCACGGCUAAAGAGAGAGCAUCCUGAGUCAGAAGACAGGACAAUCAUUAUAGACGACAGGCUGCUGGGGGUGCUCAUGCCCUGCAGGGCAUUCGGGGAUGUGCAGCUAAAGUGGAGUAAAGAGCUGCAGCGCAGCGUCCUGGAAAGGGGCUUUGACACUGAGGCCCUCAACAUUUGCCAGUUCACCCCCCCAAACUAUUACACUCCACCCUACCUGACUGCUAAGCCAGAGGUCACCUAUCACAGGCUGAGGCCCCAGGAUAAGUUUCUUGUGCUGGCCUCCGAUGGCCUAUGGGAUCUACUAGACAAUGAGGAUGUGGUGAGGCUGGUGGUAGAGCACCUAAGUGAAGCAGGUCGACACAAGCCAGACCUGGCCCAGAGACCCACCAACCUGGGACUCAUGCAAAGCCUGCUACUGCAGAGGAAAGCCCAGGGGCUUCACUCUGCCGACCAAAAUGCAGCCACACGUCUGAUCAGGCAUGCCAUAGGGAGCAAUGAGUACGGAGAACUGGAGCCAGAGCGGCUGACUGCGAUGCUGACAUUGCCAGAGGACUUGGCGAGGAUGUACAGGGAUGAUAUCACUGUCACUGUGGUGUAUUUUAACUCAGACUCAAUUGAUGCAUAUUACAAGGGAGGUUAAGAAUCUCCCAUCCUAUUGCCAAGGUUAACUUAAAUGUUCUUCUAAGAUAUUUUCAGUUACUCUUAAACUGGCUAUUCAAACCUUACUGUUAAAAGGGCAGUCAGGUAUUUCUUGCUUAAUAAUAAACUAAUGUGAGGGGUAGAGGGUGGGGAAACUGCCUAAGUUUAAAAACAAUAGCAGUAAUUUCAUGUCCCUGUGUGUUUUGGUCACCUCUUCUAUAAAGAGAGGACAGAACACAGAGACGCAGAGUUGGCUUGGGCUCAUGUAGCCCAAAUCCUUUUAUAAAGACACAUGAAACUCAACCUGAGCCUCCAAAGGGUAAAUUUAAUGAUGAUUCUAAUCAUAUGGAGAACUUCAGGAUCUUCUAAGGUUUUGCUACAAAAUCUACAAACUUGAUAAUUCUCCUCAAUUCACAAUCAUGGACUUCUCGACUAUGAAAGGGGGUUUGGGUUGUUUGUUUUUUAAAUUGCUAAGACCUAGGUUUAUGAAAGAUAUAAAACACUUGUCUAUGCAAUAUUCUAACCAUUUUUGUGAUUAUACUUGUGAAAACCUUUUGUAAUGGUGCAUUGUAGUUCUAUUUUAGUUUCUUUUAAAACUGAGCCUUCAAACUUGCAAACAGGCUUGCUGCCAGCAUUCAUGGAAUGACCUGUCUUGAUUUUCAGCUGAGGGUGAGAGGGCCUCGGCCUCUCGGCCAGCGGAAUUUACUAGUGCAACUUUUGUCCUUUCCACUGGGUCCUACCUCCUGAACCUUGGAGCCACAGUAGGAGGUAACUUCUGUCUAAGCCUGAACUCCUGGCCUUUCCUGCAUUAAUAAUAUUUUCUCCAGGGUUUAAUCCUCUGGAAAUUUAGUCAUAGCACUUAACCUUUCUGAUCAUACCUCUCAAACAUUCUUCUGUUAUUUCCUACCUUUUCUAUGCUGAACUCCCUCAUCCUGCUGCUUCUAACUGUAAAGAAUGCUUCCAUUUCAAAUGGUUACAGGGAAGGAGAAAAUGUGAUCUCCUUGUGUCAGAUGCUUAGGCAGCGCUGGCUUCUGCAGUGGAUUAUAGACUAAAGAUUUAGCCUGAAUCUGGAGACGUGAAACAGGAAGUACCUGAGAAUAGUCACUAACCAAGGCCCCCUGUUGGGGAGGAGAGCACAGGAAGAUUUGUCGGAUGGGAGACUUGUCCAUGGAAUGUGGAAUAAAUCACAUUGUUACUCCUUAGGAACUGGAUCAUAAAUAGUACAGGAGUUGUGGCAAAAAUAAAUAUAACCUGUAAUGGCUUCUGUGGGCUGCACAGACUUGUGUCUGUUGGAAAAUUAAACCACAUGGGUCCUUUUUGGGAGAGGACUUCAUGGUAUGAAUUAGGUGGCAUUUAAACAACAGGAAAUGUGUCCCUAAAUGGAAAUACAAAUAUAAUCCCACAAAACUGACAUGUUUACCUUUCUGCACUAUAUUAGUUGAUCCUUCUCCUCAUCCCACACCCACCGUGCCAUCCACUGAAGGAAAAGCAAAUAACUAGAACUAGGAUUGACUUCCUCAUUUUUGUCCAUGUCCCAGUGACAGUCAUUCAAGUGUUGGGAUACUCUAGCUUGGGGACAUUUCCCUGUACAUUUUCCAGUGCAACUGGUUAGUGAUAACGGCUUCAUCUAAGAAAUUGUCUUUUAAGUGUUUAAGCUUUGGUUCUUUUGGAUUUUUCUUUAACUGAUUUUUUAGAGAGAAAAAAAACCACUUUUUUUGUUUCACUUAUUUAUGCAUUCAUUGGUUGAUUCUUGUAUGUGCCUUGACCAGGGACAGAGCCUGCAGCCUCGGCAUAGUGGGACAAUGUUCCAACCAACCGAGCUACCUGGCCAGGGCCAAGCCUUGGUUCUGAAGCCAUUAUUAUUCCUUCUAAUUUAGCUCUUAACUCAUAAAUAAAAUGUGAAUCACCACUAUUCUGUUCACGUGAAGGUUUGUUGCUAGAGCCAAAGAUUGCUUGUCUGACAACCUUUGUUCUUCAUGCCCACUAAACCCUGGCACACCCUCAGAGCAUUUACCUGAAUUACAGAGCAUGAAUCCUGCUUUGCAUCUGGUAUGAUCAUAAAUGUAUCUGAUUCAGUAACUUGUGGGACAGCUGAGAGAAUAUAGACUUCCCAACUGUUUCUCCAAGCAUAUCUGUUUUUUCUCUGCCUAAUAGAUUUCCUGCCUUCUAAUGGGUAUAUUGAGAGGAAAAAGGCCAGUUUAGUCUGCCUUUUUCCACUGUGAACUCCAUCAGUGCUUCCCACAAAUGCUUGAAGGGGUACCCCCUGGUUAGACCCCAGUGUGGGUCUCUCUGACCACAGUUCUGCUGUCAUUGGCAGAACUGUUGUGCAGGACGAAAGGUCAUCAGUUUGAUUUCUGGUCAGGGUACAUACCUAGGCUGAGGGUUUGGUCACCAGCUGGGGCACGUACAAGAGGCAGCCGAUUGAUGUACCUCUUUCACAUCGAUAUUUCUCUCCCUCUAUUAUUAUUCUCCCUUCCCCUCUCUCACUCCUACGGCACAUGGGCUACUGCCUGAGGACAGUGGGAUUGAGAGGGUGUACUUGUCAGGUCUUCCAAAGCAUUUACCACUCCUUUUAUAAUAAGAUUUCUAAAAUAAACUUUAAAAAGUAUGCUUUGGUGCUUUAAUUACAUAUUUAUUAUUUUAGGUAAGAAACUUUGGUAAUAAUUGACCUAAUUUAGGUAUUUUAUAUGUAAAUAAAGUGUCUGCUGAUUCUAGGGAUUGGUCAAAAUGGGUAAGGAAGAUGGUAUUAGUUCUAAAUUCAAAUUAGUAUGCUAGGUAAAGUUAUUACUGAGAUGUAAUAACUUGAUGUAAUAACUUCAGUUUUCUGAGAUGUUAAUUGUAACAUUAAAGCUAAUUUAUUAUAAGAAAAUAUAUACUUUGAGGUAUGUUAACGUAUAAACAUGUCUCUCAGAAGUAUGAUUGGCCUAAAAGAUCCCUGGUCUUGGGCACACUGGGUAAAGUUCAGGUUAGACACAAUUGAUUGGCACCUUUUACAUAUAAAUGAAAUAUAAACAGUUCAAAUGAGUUAAUAAAAGAGAUAAAUUAAUUGUAUAGAACAAGAAAAUGUGUUCAGAAUGAGUCUGGCUUGAGUCUUGCCCAUUAGCCUUUGGCGAUGUCUAUCCAUUGACAGUUUGAGGGAAGCUUAACUUCCCAGGUUAAACCAGAAUGUCCCAGAACUGAGCCAUCCUAGUUGCAUCUUAAAGUGCUUCAUGUUUUCUAGAAUGCGACUCUUUCCCAUGACAGAAAAGGCCCCAAUAUAGCUUUGGACCUGGGGUAUACAGACUGGUGGUACCGCUCGUCCUGCAAGCUCGUCCUGCAAGCUCGUCCUGCAAGCUGCUGUGUGUGUCACUGAGUGGGAAGCACGUUCGGACUGCUGUGCAGCCAGGCUGAGGCGCUGUGCUCUACGCCUGGAGCACCUAGCCACCCUGCCUCCUGGAAACUAGUUCUUUUUUUAAUAAUUAUUUUAUUGUCAUUCAAUUACAGUUGUCUGCAUUUUCCCCUAACCACUCCCUCCAACCCAACCCCAGCCAAACCCACCUCCCCCACCCUUGCUUCCAUUCUCCUGGAAAAUAGUUCUUAAUCAAGCAUUUACUUGGAAAAAUUCUUAACCGUGUUCUUUAUAUUUACUAACGUUUGUAUUUUAAGCUGUGUACCAGUGUUCAUAUAUUUGACAUUGAUUUUCUAACCAUUAGAGAUAUUUAAAUGAAACUUGUAAAUAAAAGA